CUUGUAAUUCAAAGGGUUAGCCUUGUCACACACUGUGUCACGCUGAAUAUCCCCCAAGAACUACGUUAAGGGUACACGUGUCUGUGGAGUGCUCAGCCACUUGCAUGUUAAUUCCACGAGCAGGCUGUUCCGUUGAUCAGAUCAACUGGAAACCUUCGACGUUGUCGUAAGCGACCGAGUGUCAGCAACAUGCUGUAUCUUCAAUGUUACUUUUGGUAGUCCCUGGUAUAAGUCAGCGUUUGUUGCAUGACUCUUCCAGGAGACGUUCAAAGUGCCAUUCAAAGCAUCCUCGUAUAACAACCAUCCGACUGCUUCUGCAAUGCUUUAGCGAGCAUCCAUCCUGUUUCGGGCCCCGUAUGGAAGAACAGACUCACUCCACUGUUUGCCAGAAAAAACCCCACUUUCAGUUUCCUUGCCGACUUUGAACUCCAUACUUUUCUCUAGUUACUGGAUAUUUUUACUUUCAGUUUUACUUUGUUGCGGCUUAUUGUCUGUCUCUUUGUCUGUCUGUCUGUGUGUCUAGAGUGCAGAGCUGGAGGUCAGAAUUCAAAGACUGAAGAGAGAGGCGGAAAACAGUGAAUACAAACAAAUGACACGAAAUGUCAACAGAACUAAAAAAAUUGUGGAUGGAAACGUUGGCAAGGAAUUGAAAGCCAUGAACCUUCAGAUAAUCGCUGUUGUGAAUUUUGUCCUCACUGUUGGCGGUGCUUUUGCCUUCGGUUACAAAGCUGCAGAAGCCAGUAUGGAGGAACCAGACAUUGCCAUUCAAAUGUCUGUUGGGAUCCUAUUAGGCACUGUGGUGUUUUUUGCUGAUCUCUAUUUCCUGGUCAAGAGGACCAUGUGAAGUAUGAUUUACCGUGGAGUGUCACGAGGAUCACUGGAGCGAUCAGACAAAAGUACCUUGUGGUGUUCGUUCAAGCCCCGUUUGCCUUCUCAGUCCAAAUUCCACUGGGAUUGAUAAAAUGAAGUACCAGCUAAAUAGUGAGGCUGAUAGAAUCAGCUAACACUAUCCGUCAGAUUUGUGGACCUUCUGCCCAUCUUAUGAGCUGUUGAUUAAUAAUAUAAUGGGUUGGUAAAAUCAGUAAAAUGUAGGACAAAAUGCCUUUUUUUUAAAUUUUUUCUUUUUUGUGUGCAGGGUGGAUAAAAUAAAGUACCAUUGAAGUACUGAGGCCAGUAUGAGCAGCUAACCCCCCCAUCUGCCAAAUUUCUGGCCCUCAGCCUAAAAUAGAAACAAUUAUUAUUGUCAUCAUCAUCAGCAGCAUCACCACCAUCAUCAUCAUCAUCAUCAUCAUCAUCAUCGUCGUCGUCGUCAUCAUUCGACAUUUGAUAGUUUCAGGCAAAUUUCUGCAGCAUCACCUACAACAGCUCCAUGUUGCAGAGGUGUGUGCAACAUUGUGUUUUUUUUUUUGUUUUUGUUUUUGUUGGGGGUGUUGUCGGGAGUACAAGAACUUCCCGAUAACUGUAUUGCAUCAGUUUGUUUUUUUUUGAUUUUUUUGUUAUGGUGGGGUUUGGUUUAAGUCU